UUCAUACUCAGCAACAUGCCGGUCGCUCAGCCCGCCAGCUCGUGGUCUGGUCAGGGGAGAUUAGGUAAUUUUUACCUAUACGUUCUGCUCAUCGCCUACAGCUGUAUUGGCCCUCAUGUGGAAGCUCUCAAGGACCAACCUAAAAUUCUUUACCCCGAAAACCAUACAACGAUCACCGUAGACAGAGAGAAAGAUUUCAAGCUGUCUUGCAUCGCCGAGAGCACGUGGCCUCGCUUCAACAUCGUCUACUGGUUGGCAGAUAACAACUUCAUAGAGAACGCGUUCCCUGAUGAGAGAGUCCGAGAAGUCCCUGAAACGAGAAACAAUUCGCACAGCACUACGGCCCGCGUGGCCACCAGCCUCGUCUUCUCAGAAAUCAAACCGGCGGAUCUGAACACAAACUUUACCUGCGUCAUCGCGGACCCGUCCGGCGUGGAUAUAACGCACGUUACUUUAAAGAAACCAUGUCCGGCAGAGGAGGUCGCCGAAUGAACCGGUGUGACCCGAGCAACGGUACCAGCAACGCUGCUGUUUGAACGAGUAUGACUUAGUAGACAAUGGCCCGAUUUACCCAAACGGAAAAGGGGCUACAUUCACAUCGUAGCCUCGCAGCAGAGGUGUUAAGGCGUAAGACUCACUUUUAGGAGGACACUCUGCGAUUAGGACUCUAGCGGCAAUGGGACAUUUACUCUAAAUCAGCCUGAUCACCACGGCUAACGGCUGUAGACGCAGCGAAGACCAUCAGGACCUCGGACAGACCUUACAGUUCCAACACACACGUUUCUGGAAGACGCAGAUAAUUGUGUAAGGUGGAUCACACAUUCGCGGUUGCUUCUUUCUAUGUGGAUAAACAUUUAUGUGUGGGUGCCGUUCAAUAUGUAGUUUUUUGCCCCAUAAUAUAAUGUUAUCCUUAUCAUAGCGGCUGUGGGGAACAACCGAAUGGCUCGGUCUUAAUCACCCAGACACUCAAAAUAAAAGUCUAUGAAGAAACACACAA